CAGUGAUGACAAAGCAUGUCUGAACAGGAAUAGCACAGCACCUGGGGUCAAUGGGUUUGUUCUGCAAACCUCACCGAAACGUCUAUCCAGAGAUCUGUCGGACUUCAGUCAGCUCUGCAUUUCUCUGCAUCAGCUCCUUCAGUGGUGUCUGCUCUGUGACAGCCAGAGGACGACAUGAGCCCCCAGCAUGACCUUCACUGGCUCUAUGAUGACACACAUUAUGCUGUGCGUAAAAUUUGCUGAAAUCCAUCGUAAUUGCCUGCUAUGCCCACCAGAGGACAACAGAGGCAUACAGACCUGCACUAAGAUAGGAGAGAAGAGGGCACUUCCUGCUGAUUUUGAGGGAAAGAUAAAGUUAAGUAAAAUUUAAUUGUUCCGUUAAAAUGUACAGAGCAACGCCUUUGCUGGAGAAAUGGGUACAGGAAAACAACGAUCUUGUAACUAAAUGGAAGACAGGUGAAAAUCUCCUGAGAAAAGACGAGAGACAGUUAAAACUGAGAUGCCUUUCUUUGGAGUUUCACAAACUUUUGAGAAAAAUACAAGGUGCUCCACUUCUUAUAGGUGUCACUCAGUUGGAGCUAACUGUGUUGUACAAUGCUAGUGUAUUUUCUAUAGCUAUGUCUGAGUUUUCCAAAGUGGAGCUGCUUAUUACAAAUGUCAUGGAUAAAGUUUUCAAGAUAUCAGGAUGUAGACAUACCCCUGGGAGCUCUGAUUAUCUUUUGUUUUGGAGAAAAGCUUUAGAAAAAGCCAUAAAGCAUACAGAUUUUGAGUGUGGCAUUAGACAGCUGUUCUGUUUGCAGUGGGCAAUAUGGCUAGCCACACAGAAAUACCAUAUUAUCUGUGAAACUGAGAAGGAGAUAUCAUUGUUAAUUUCAACUGAAAACAAAAAAGGAGUGCUGUCGGAGUCUUUACUGCCAGUUUUAGAACCAAAAGAGCUUAUUGAGAUAUUACAUGUCUGUACUUUAAUUGUGCAAGGUGCAGAAAGAUUCAGAGAUGGUCAGUAUUCAGAGGCUUUGAGUGAUAUAGAGAAAGCCACCUCAUUCACUGCUCCCAGAGGUGUAGUGGCCUGUACACACCUUCUGUUGGGCUCUUGCUUUCACCAAAUGAAAUGUCCUCAGAUGGCACUGACCUGUUUCCGGAGAGCACUGGAGACAGAUGGUCAUUGCGUCAGUGCGUUGUACCAGAGCAUGCUCGUCUACAGGCAGCUAGGAAAUAAACAGGCUGAGAUCCAAGCUCUUGAGUUACUGCAUUCAGUUUUAAACUUAACACACAGCUCAGAGUGUAACACGGGAGAUGGUCUGCUUGUCUCCUCUGAGUUACUCCUCUCCAGCUCCUCUUUGAAGAACCUCUUGGAAGUACCCUCUGCUCCAACAGUCCUUCACAUUUUGGCUUUACAGUGUGUCCGCUUUGGAAGAGUAUCAGAGGGCGUGGAGCAUUAUCUGGACUUAUUAGCUAUUCUUCACACAGGCCAACCUAAUCCCCAUCAUAUGAAUAUGGACAUUCCAUUUCUUCCCCAUUUGAGUGUUCUUUACCUUGAGGCUGCUGCUGCUAUGCUUAUGGUCCAGCGACCUGCCGAUUGCAUUGCACUGUGUGAUGAAGUUGUUAACACAACACUAGAUCUUCUACCACAAAGAUUGGUUUUGGAAGAGUUGAGUGUGGAAAAUGAGCCCAGUACUCCUGCUGUGGACUAUGAUGACAAAGGGGCCAUGGUCCUCUACGUUGGGGCGAGUAAUCUCCUCAAGGGUCACUGCUACAUGCUUUUAAAGGAGUGGAAACAAGCUAUGACCCAUUAUACAAGGUGUUUAGAUCUGCUUUUAAGAGUGCGCUUUAAAAUUAAAGGAUGUCAACCACAGAUCCCCAGCACAGACAUGGUUGGCAAAGAGGGGUCAAAAUUAUUCACAGUCCAGAGGCUAAAAGCGUUGUCAUUGGCUGGCAGAGGUAUCUGCUUUGCUCAGACUGAUCGAUUGAAAGAAUCUCUUAGAGACCUUCAUCUCAGUUUGCAUGCAUUCCCAGAGUGUGUAAAUGCUGGGUUAUGGUGUGGAGAAGUACUGUGGAGACUGCAACGGAGACACGAAGCUGCCAGCAGCUGGAAGAAGACAUGGGGCUUUACCUCAGAAUCUUCCAAUGAAAGUGUUUGUGUUUAUUUAGUUGAACCUCCAACUGACCAUAUGUUGAACCCCAUGGAGCUUCAACAAAGAAUUGAAGAUCUUGGAUUUGAGGAUGACAGAAAUGCAUAAUUUCUGCUGUUGUCCUUAUAAUGUGUAUAUUUUGUUUGUUGAACAAUCAAAUACAGUUAAUCCUCUUGACUUGUAGAGAUUGGUAAUAAAUCAUUCUUAAAACAAUAA